CCCCCGCCGCGAGGGGGCUCGCACCGUUUCGGGAUCGGAAGGGGCUGCCUGGGACUCGCAAGAAAAAGGAUCUGCAGGGGAGGUUCGUGAAGCCGAGCGGGCAAAGAGCUGCGCAUCCGCCCGUGGCGGCGGCAUCGGCAUCGUCAGCGGGGAUCGUUUUCGUCCACGAUGGUCGCCGACGCGGGGGAGCGGGCGGAGGGGGCCCCGUCACGGGUGCGCCGUGGGCCCCCGUGCUGCGGACCGGGGACCCGGGCGCGGCAGCUGCUGCACCACCUGGCCCCGCACGCGCUGCUCACGACGCUUCUUGUGCUGUACGCCCUGGCGGGGGCCCUCGCCUUCAGCUACCUGGAGCGCCCCGCCGAGCAGGAGGCCCACAAGAACGCGAUCGAGGAGGCCCAGCGCACGCUGCGUUACCUCGUCAGGAACAUCAUCGACGCGGUCCGCACCAACGCCUGCUGCACCGGGGAGGUGUGGAACAGCAGCACGAGCGGCGCCCUGGAGGAGACGCUGCGCCUGCACCUGCUAGAGGCCGGGCUGGGCUCCACGCCCCCUGACCAGGCCAAGUGGAGCUUCAUGGGGGCGCUCUUCUUCUGUUGCACCAUCUUCACCACCAUUGGUUACGGUAACAUCUCCCCAGUGACGAGCGUCGGUAAGGUGCUGUGCAUGGCCUACGCCACGCUCGGCAUCCCCAUCAUGCUACUGGUGGUGGCCGACGCGGGCGACCUAUUGGCCGCCGGCCUCACGCGCCUCUACACCACGUGCCGCGACCGCUGCGCCUCCACCCUCGAGCGUUGGAGACGCCAGGAGAAUGGCCGCGGUGGCGACAAGAAGGGUGCGCGGGAGCAGCGCCGGUGGCGGUGGGCCCAGAAGCGCCGCUCCCGCCGUGGCGGCGAUGAGAGAGAGCCGGAUGGGCCCCAUGGCGCGGACGGACCUGCGGGAGCCCUCGUGGGAGAGAACGGCCGCACUGAGACGGACGGCCUGCUUCUGUCGGCCAAACCUAGCAAUGGCGGUGGCGGCGCGCCGCCCGCUUUGAACACCGCGCCAGACCCCUGCUCGGUGCGGAGGUCGGGGUCCGUGCGCAGUGGCGACCACGUCCUGCUCGAGUACCAGGCGCUGCGGCGGCUCAGGUCGCUGAGGAACAGUAUAGCGGCGGCGCCGGACGAGACGUCGCUCAUCGGGACAACCGCCGCGCUCCGGGGCCUGCGCCAUCGGUCGCCGAGCGACGCCGUGGGGAUGGUGGUGGCGCCGGGCGGGAAGUCCGUGGUGGUGGAGUUGGAGGAGUUCGGCGGCGUCUGGGCGGCGCCGUUGGCGUCAGACGGUGCAACGCUCCUCCGCGUCGGCGUGGGGCAGCGUCGGCUGUCGGAGGGCGGCGGCGUUCGGCCCGUGGCCGGAGCCCGGCUGGAGCGCAGCCGCUCGUGGCCUGGCGUGACGGGCGUGGCCGACGCCGCCACCAAGAUCCGCUGGAUCGGGGAGCUGGCCGAGCAGCUGGAUGUGCCGGUGCGGCUCAUCUUGGCGACGCUGGCGGCGUACGUGGCGCUGGGCGCCCUCAUGAUGCCCUUCUGGGAGGAGUGGAGCUACCUGGACGCCUUCUACUUCUGCUUCGUGACAAUGACCACAAUCGGCCUGGGCGACAUCGUGCCCAGCCACCCCAACUACUUCCUGCUCAUCUCCAUUUACAUCGUCUUCGGCAUGGCCGUCAUGUCGGCCGCCUUCAAGCUCACUCAGGACCGCAUCUUCGCGUGCUACCGCCGGCUCGUCACGUCGCGGUACCGCCUGUGCCGCCGUUGCCUGGCGUGCGGGAGUGGCCCGGGCGCAGGGGCCGAGGGGUGACCCCCGCGUGAACUCCGGCGUUCGACCUGGACCCCUCGUCCCCCCCCUGCCGUUAGCCCUGUGGGGCCAGGACGGGGUUUGGAUGGAAGACACGAACAGACGUGGCCACCGACAGAUUUACAAAGUGCACCCAGGCGCAAAUAUUUUUACAGAACUGUUAUGUAGAUCUUGAUUUGAAACUUUCGUGACUGCAGGAAUCCAUACCCUUUGGUUAUUUCGGUAAAGAACGUGACAUUCGACGUGACUUUACCGAAAGAACAAAAGAGUAAUGCAGAUGUAGAACGUGAGCCGGUGGCGAUGCCGGCAGGAGCAGUGGCGGCGUUUGCUGUGCCCCCACGGCCGCUUGUGCGAGGGCCCCACGGCACUUGUCGUGUUUGGGCGCGACGGAGACCCACACCACGUGCCGCCCUCUCCCGCCCCAGUUGAAAAUAGCGGCGAAUUAAAAAUAACAUCAAACGAACAAACCUCAUAACCCCAUGGGGGGGGGGGGGGGGGCAGCAUGGGGAGACAUCUCAAUUUAGCAGGGCCCUCCUGAAAACAUCCUUCAGUGAGGAGGCUCUCCUUGGGUAAAUACAUGGCACCGUUAUUGUUGUUGUUAUUGAUUUCAGCGACUAGUGAGCGAGUAGUGAGCGAUUCGAGCGGUUCAUGGUGCGAUGGUGCAAGUCCCAUUGUUCGGGGGGAGUGCUAGAUCCGGGGGCGGGGGGGCCUUGAGCAAUAUCAGAUCUCGCCCGGUGUCGUCAUUGCUAACCAGCUUGUGAGUAGCUAGUUAAUGAAUCGAUUGUAGUUAUGAUUUAAGCUCCGCACGCGACUGCAAUAACCUCUUGUUCGUAAUGAGCAGCUGCUGUUGACGUCACUCAGGGAGACCCCGUGCGGGGCGGGGGGGUGUGCGGGGGGGUGUGCGGGGGAUGCCCCCCUCCCCGCUCCCCAGACCGCGAUACUGUCGGGUCGCCUAAUUGUGAUAACGCUAUUUAAUAAUUAUUAUAGCGCGGGUAACAUCCAUCAGCGCACAGAGGAUGGAGGGGUGGUGGUUGGGGUAAGGUAAAGCGGAGGGAGUGUCAGUGUUGUCAGUGCGCGCGCGCGCGUGUGUGUGUGUGUGUAACGUUUGUACUGGUGAUUUAUUAAACUUACGAUUUCUACUUUU